GGAAGCAGCGAGUGGGACACAAGUUCGAAGGCGACAGCUGUAAAAUCCCCUGAACGCACGAGAAGAUGGAAAACGAUUCGAUCGACGCUUUAAUCCUGAAGCUCCACGAUGUGAACGCGGUGAAGUUUGGAGAGUACAAGCUGAAGAGCGGCAUGAUGACACCCAUUUACAUCGACCUGAGGGUUCUCGUGUCCUAUCCAGCGCUCAUGAACCAGGUGUCAAGUCUCAUCUACCAGCGAAUGAUAGAAGAGGGGCUACAGUUUGACUCGGUGUGCGGGGUCCCGUACACAGCCCUGCCAUUGGCCACGAUCAUCUGCUCCAGGCACGAGCUUCCCAUGCUCAUCAGGCGAAAGGAGGCCAAGGACUAUGGAACCAAGCGUCUGGUGGAGGGCUCGUUUCGUGAGGGCGAUAUAUGUCUGAUCAUUGAGGACACGGUGACCAGCGGCACCAGCAUCCUGGAGACUGCUGAAGUGCUCUACAAAGGGGGGCUGAAGGUGACGGAUGCUGUAGUACUGAUGGACAGGGAGCAAGGCGGCGUGGAGAUGUUGGCUUCUCAGGGAAUCAAGCUGCAUCCCAUCAUCUCCAUGUUCAAGCUGCUCAACGUGCUGCUGGCGGCCGAACGCAUCGACGCACAAACCGCCCAGAGCGUCCGCAAGUUCAUCCUGGACAACAACACUUUCAGCCCAAAGGAGGAGAACGGCAAUGAUGUUCCUGCCACCAAGAAGCCGUGUGUGCAGCAGGACGUGGAGCUGAGCUAUGCAGACAGAGCCAAACUACCAAACGUUCACCCUCUGGCGUCAAAGCUGCUGACGAUCAUGCAGGAGAAGCAGUCGAACCUCUGCGUGUCGGCCGACGUGACGAGCAGCGAGGAGCUCCUGCGGCUGGCAGACUCUCUGGGUCCGAGCGUCUGCAUGCUGAAGACCCACGUAGACAUCCUGAAGGACUACACAGCGGCCUUCAGCCAGAAGCUGCAGGCUUUGGCUGAGAAGCACAACUUCCUCAUCUUUGAAGAUCGCAAGUUUGCAGACAUUGGGAACACAGUCAAGCAUCAGUAUGAAGGUGGUUUGUACCAGAUCUCAUCCUGGUCCCACAUCGUGAAUGCCCAUGCGGUGCCGGGGCCCGGCGUAGUGAAGGGUCUGAGCGCCGUAGGAAAGCCCCUGGGCCGAGGCUGUCUGCUCAUAGCACAGAUGAGCUCCCAGGGCUCACUGGCUACCGGUGAAUACACAAAGGCUGCGCUGGAGAUGGCUGAGGAGCAGUCGGACUUUGUGAUCGGGUUUAUCUGCGGCUCCAAGAUCAGCAAGAGGCCAGAGUUCAUCCACAUGACCCCUGGGGUGCAGCUGCAGGCUGGAGGUGAUGUGUUGGGCCAGCAGUACACCACUCCGGAGGAAGUCCUCUACAACAAAGGCUCCGAUGUCAUCAUCGUGGGUCGGGGUAUCCUUGAGGCCCCUGAUAGGCUGAAAGCUGCUGAGUCAUACAGAAAGUCAGGCUGGGAGGCUUACACAAGGAGACUGGGCCGGAGUGGCCAAUAGAAGCUCAGGAGUGGCGUCUGCGUCAUUACAUAAUUCCAAAUUUACUGCCGGUAACUUGAACAAGGAACUCUGCAGAUUAACAGUUUUUUUGUUUUUUUUUUCAUUUUUAAGGAACGCCAGUGUGCAUAUAGUCAUAUACAUAGAAGCAUAUGUAGACCUGCGUCUGCACACGACACUACCGCAUCAAAAUGCACACCUGUUCCUACACUGGCACACAGUUUAUUAGCAUUUGUACCCAGCACGUGUGGGGAAUCAGAUACUGCUGAACAUAUGUAAAUGUGUUCUUUUGAUUCUGUCCUAUUAAUAAUCAGCUUUAAAUGCGCUCCUCUGAUUCCCUCCUAUAAACAAGCUGCACGACUUGAAGUCCGUCACCUGAGGUACUUCUGAGCAGGUGUAACAGACUUUGAGGAAAAAACGGUUUCAGUGUUCUUGAAGAUUGAGUUCAUUCCUACAGUCCAGGUCAAACUGUGCAGAGUUUAAGAUGAACCAUUGAUUACCUGGAAUUUUUUUUAUUUUUUUUUUUAAUGAGGUGGCUGCUAAAAAAGUCCCUUGAGGAUUUAAGGUGAAACAGAAAGUGACAUUCCCUUGAGAGAAUACUUCUUCCAGCCGAGGUGAAGUUUCACUAGAACAAGACUGCAGGAAUUAGAGAGGGUGUGGCCAAUACUUUUUAAUUGUUGUAUAAUAUUUGGGUUGGGAUUCAGGGCAUUCACCAGUACAUAGUUUCAUAUCUUAACUGUCACUUUUCACAAGAUCGCAGACAUGCCAAUUAGUGCAAAACAGUCUCUUUAACUCCUCCAAAACAAGUUUCUGCGAGUCAAAGUCACUCAUUUUCAACUCCAGCUUCACAAAGCAUCAGUAUUAAGGUGGUUUGAAUUCAGAUGUACUGUAAGGUAAUGGAGGAGGAUGGUCAGGCACAGUUCAGUCAUGACGAUUCGCCUGCUUUUUAAAGGGUGGCAUGAACUUCACAGGUCAGGUCUCAGCUUUGCCUGAUUGAUUGCAGUGCUCUGAAGAGGAUGUGAUCUCACCGUGGACCGUUAGAACAGCAAUCAGCCUGUUUGAUGUUUAUUUUUCAGCAGCUGCAGUUAUUUGAUUACUAGUUUGGAUGAUCAGCGCGAAGCCCCUCGGGUUGUUUUGAAAUGUGGUUUGCGGCCAUCACUAUUGUCUCGAUUAAGUCUAAUGUCUGCCGUCCACAUUGCUUAACUUAAGAUAACACUGAGGUCACUUUUGUUACACAGAAAUAUGAAUUCAUUUAUAAAGUGACGAUCGGUGAUCUCACAGAACCAGUCUGCAGGUUGUUCUCCAUUGUUUAUCGACCGGCUUUCCAAAAAGAGUUGAUAAACGAGUUUAGUUAAGAGAGAACUACCUUCAGUCCCUUUGGAAUAAGGCAGUGGUUGAAUGUUGUGAACAGUGUGACCUGGAUUUGUGACAGUUGUGCUGUUACUACAAUGCCUACAUGCAGUGAAAUGGCUUCAGGGUGUUUUGAUGGUAUUCUUCUUGAUUUAAUGGAUGAAUGUGAAGUCUCUUUUCUUAGAGACCUUUUCUGGUUUUUUCCCUCCAUUUACUUUCCUUUUGUGACUAGAAUAAGAAAUGCAAUGUCUGUUUUUGUAAAGUGAGACUAAAUACUUCCAAUAAAAAGUUUUAA